UAUGAUUUGCUAGAUCUUCUUGAAAUGGAAAUAAGGUUCCUUUAUUAGAUCUCCCCAUGGUAUUUUUGUUGAAAGUACUUUCCAAAGUAAGCCCAUGAUAAGACGGAACAUAAAUAAGUUAUAGCCUAAACCUUAUUUUCAUUUUUAGAGCCCAUGGGGUUUGAGCAAAGUUAUUUGCAAGAGAUGUAUUUUGACAAAAUCAUAAUGGAUGUUCUGGUUUAUAUGCAGGACUCAGACCUCAGCUAACUAACAGUUUUUUCACAUCAGCUGCAGCUGAUCAGCUGUGCUUACAAGCUCUUAUAAAAAUCAACAGGUCAGGUUAGUUCACCCUGCUCAACUAAGGAGAUAUUUCAAUCAAUAAUUGUUUGUGCAGUAGUAUUAUGAUACUACAGUAGCACUAACGCUUACAUGUUCUGAAACUGUGUUAUAUAUUCAGGUGAAAUGAGUUAAUAAAACAGGAGGCUCAGAAUUAUUUUAGGGCAGACUGACUUGAUAUAUGUGAUAACCACUCAUUAUUAUUUAUACAGGUAAGGCGUUAUAGUAUUAACUGUCAUUCUAUCACUAAUAUGUGAAACAUACAUGUAUACAGUAUCAUGGUGCAGAGUGCAGACAUCAUAGGAGAGAUUCUGAACAAUACGGCAUAAUCUUAUCAGCAAUGGAUGUUAUGCAUCUAACAUGAUCCAACAUUUACACAGUAUAUGUGUGACAUAGUACUACAAGUGAAACUAGCAAAGCCACUAGACCAGUUGCAAUAUGUUUGGAACAAUGAAGGCCAUGCUGCGAGGCAUCAGUAUCAGACAGGCAUGUAGAAGUCAAGGUCUGAUCCGUCCUCUUACUACAUCUGGAGAUAUGCCACGAACAAUUGACUGGAGAAAUGGAGAUAAGGUUCCAGGUGUGUUUUCAAAUCAGGAGUUUGACCGCCGCAUUUCAAACGUUCGUCAGCAUAUGUUAAAAGAGAACAUUGAAGCGUGUGUGUUCACAUCUUACCAUAACAUUAACUACCUCUCUGGCUUCCUCUACUGCAAGUUUGGACGUGACUAUGGUCUUGUUGUAACACAAGACGACUGCACAGUACUCUCCGCUGGUAUUGAUGCUGGUCAGCCGUGGCGACGUUCAAGUGCAAAUUGCGAUAGCGUCACAUAUACAGACUGGCAAAGGGAUAAUUUCUUCUAUGCUUUGGUAUCAAAACUUCCAGGUAUCAAGGGUCGUGUUGGGUUAGAAUUUGACCAUGUUACCUUAGACAAUUUCAAGAAAUUCCAAACUGCAUUGCCUAACUGUGAGCUGGAGGAUGUUGGGCUGCCAUGUAUGCAAAUGAGAAUGAUCAAAUCUGAAGAAGAAAUCAAUGUGAUUCGUGAGGCAGCUAGGAUUGCUGAUAUAGGUGGGGCUGCAGUAGUUGAUGCGAUUGAUGUUGGUGUGCCUGAGUAUGAAGUGGCUCGUGCUGGCACAACUGCAAUGAUCCGUGAAAUUUCAAACUCAUUCCCCGAUUCAGAUCUCAUGGAUACUUGGGUAUGGUUCCAGUCCGGUAUCAACACAGAUGGUGCUCACAAUCCCGUUACAUCACGAAGGUUGCAAAAUGGCGAUAUUUUAAGUCUCAACUGCUUUCCAAUGAUACAAGGAUACUAUGUUGCAUUAGAGCGAACCAUGUUUGUGAACCAUGCCAAUGAACGCAACCUUGAACUUUGGAACCUUAAUGUCAAAGUGCACGAAAGAGGAUUAGAACUGAUGAAACCAGGGGCAAAAUGUUGCGAUAUUGCCAAGGAACUAAAUGAGAUUUACAGAGAGGCAGAUAUGUUGCAGUAUCGUAGUUUUGGUUAUGGCCACUCAUUUGGUAGUCUUUGUCACUACUAUGGCCGUGAAGCAGCCCUAGAACUGAGAGAAGACAUCGAGACUGUAUUGGAGCCUAAUAUGGUCGUAUCCAUGGAGCCGAUGAUCUCACUUCCUGAAAGUGACCCAGGUGCAGGUGGAUAUCGGGAACAUGAUAUCCUUGUGAUAACUGAAUCAGGUUCAGACAAUAUCACCAAGUAUCCCUAUGGACCUGAACACAAUAUUAUUCGCACAAAGUAA